AAAAAAUGUGACAUUUCGAAAAAGUAUUAAAAAUAUAAAAUAAGAAAAAAAACAAUAAAAAUCGUUUUCAAAAAUGAAGAUAUGACAAAAGUAAAAAAAAAUAUUGAAAUAAAUCCACAAUUUUCAAGAAGAAAUAUAAUGAGUAAUAGGAAAUUUGAAAAAAUUGUCAAAAAUACCAAUGUUUAUGACAAUAUAAAUCUAUUGAAUUCAGUAUUAAUUGGAGCACGAUAUAUCGGUAAAACUGAGAAAGAUGGGAAAAGAAUUUUAAAUAAAUCGCAAAAUGGUGUUUCCUAUCCAUAUUUUGAGAAAGGUUUUCCUCGAGCACAUGCUGCUUAUAAAAAAUCAAAGAAUUAUUUAGGAUCGGUGCAAAAUUAUUCGAAAAAUAAAAGAACUACAGCUUUUUUGAAUAGAAGCGAUCAAGAUUUUGUGACUCAUUUGGCACUCGAUACUGAUACUGCCGAGGAGGCAAUGGAUCGAUUAAAUAAUGGUUCAAUUGAAGAAGAAGUGGAAAUUUUCGCAAAUGAAUUAGAUUACAAAAAUCUUCCACUUGGCAUUGAAUAUGAAAUGGGAAAACCCGUGGGAAAACCAAGACGAAUAAAAAGUGUUAAACUUAUAUUGGGACAUCAUUGGUCAUCUUAUGGAAAUAUUUUCGCUGAUGUUUUUGUAAAAACAAUUUAUCCAAAAUUGUUUUAGAAAAUUUCAAAAUAAAAAAAAAAAAAAUUAAAUCCUUAGAAAUUUCAAAAAAAAAAAAAAAAAAUUGGAAAAUUUUAAAAGAGGACUAAAAGAAAGUGGAUUUGUAAUUUUCCAAAAAAAUUUUCAAAGAAAUUUAUUUUUUAAACCGAAUGAAAUGAAGUUGUCCUUUCAAGAACAUUUGACAGUUCAUACGAUCUCUUAUUUUUGACAGUAAAUUUUAAUUUCUGUUUAUCAAAAUUAUAAUUAUAAAAAAAGGCACAAGUUUUUAUAUUUUCAAAAAUUUCCAAUAAUGAGACCCAAUAAGAAAUUGGAUAAAAAAUUAAAAUUUACACCAAAACAAAAAAGUUCACUAACAAUAUCGUGUUCAAAAAAUUCAAGACAAAUAAUUCCAAAAAAACGUGAUAAAAACAAUGAUCUUAAAAAAGAGAAAAUUGAUGAAAUAAUUUCAAAUUUGGAAAAUAAUGGAGCAGCUGGAUUAUUUCAUUUGAGUUUUGUCAGUAAGGCAAUAAAACGAAGUAUACGUGUUAGUAAAUACAAAAAACCACCACUUUAUGUUAUUUGGAAUAAUGAAUCAAAUUCUUCAUUUAUUGAUGUUGAAUAUCAUAAACGUGGUCGUUGGACGAGAAAAAAUGAAAAAUAUCCAAAAACAAAGAAAAUCAUUAAUUACAAUGAUUGUCUAUUUGAUGCAAUUAGUUUAAAAAUUAAUAAAACCCCACAGGAAAUUCGUAAUAUGACAAUAAAUGAAAUGAAAAACAAUAGAAAUAGUGUUGAAAAACAAUUAGAAAUUUUUGACAAAAUAAAAUAUGAAAAUUCAUCAUCAUUAAUGUUUGGCAAAAUUAAAUCAUCACAAAUGAAAAAAGAUAAAGAAAUAAAAAAGGAAAACGUAAAAAAUAAUUUGCUUUAAAUGAAAAAGUUUUGCAAAAAAAAAAAAAAAAUUGUUUAUUUUUUCAUUUUAAAUAAAUAAAUUCAUUAUUUAUA